UGUUUGAGUACUCAGCAAAAACUUGUUUCAUCUCAGCAAUGGUAAUAAAGAACCUCGUAUGAUAAAAGCGACUGUUUGAACUCUCAUAGUCAUUUGGUAUUCUACUUCUAGAGAGAAAAGAGUUCCCAACAAGAACGAAGCCCUUCCUCCGCGAGAUUUAUCCACGAACAUGAAGCCUCUCACCGUGGCAGUCCUCUUUGCGCUCGUUUUCGCCCUCGGCGUGAAUUCCGCGUCCGUCAGCCUUUCCAGUAGCCAACUGACGCUCAAUGGUAACGCUCACAUUCAGUUUUACGGUCCUAGAGAAGCAAUUUGGGCUGGUUUAUCUAACGGUAAAAACUGGAAUCAUAUUUCAUGUGUCGGAAUUACUGCUUAAUUAGUCUGAUCACUGUGAACGUUCCAAAAGUUGCCUGCACCGUGAAACUAAGAGGCCGGUUUUGAGGGCGCGCAAGUAGGAAAUGCAUUUGCCAAUUUUAUUGAAAGGCAAUUCUGGUGAGGCCGACGCAAUCCUUUGCAAAAAUUUAGAAAUAAUUCAAUUUUUCAGAUUUUCCUCUGUUCAAUUUUUUACCAAAUACAAACUAAAACUACUUGUGAAGAAAUCUGUCUGUUAAUUUUUUACAAGUAUUCUUACAUCGUAGGUCACCGAUAUCCCAUCAUUAAUAGUGGUGAUCGGAUCGCUUUGCGGUCAGCCUACACUUCUGGUAGCUAUGUUAACUACUGGAUGCGCUGUAAAUCGUCAUAUUGUCGUUGGUAUACCUGCCCUGGUCAGGUGAUGACCUCAUCAGCCUGGUCGUCUUGCUCAAGCUACAUGUUUUAUUACAUUCACGCCAUGGGGAAGAUGAACGGCCAGCCGAUUAACAGCGGUGACGUAGUGUCGCUUAGUAGCCAAGCCUAUGGAAGCAGAUACCGGCUGUACUGUGGUACAUCAACCAGCACUAAAUGCUACAUGAUUUCGUGAGUGUUGUUUGCUUCUUAUUAGUCUGUAUUAAUUUUUCAUAAUUAAUCUGAUAGCAGAAGUUGCUUAACUAUUAAAAAGAGAGAAACAGCAGACAAAAAUCAUGUUUGUUAGGGCUGCAUGACACUUGGUAUGUACGUCAAUGCCUCUAUUUCACUGAUGGUCAAACUUUUCCACAAAAGUUGCCAUCUCUAUUUAUACACUGAGGCUGACAACAUAUUUACUAUGGCAGUUAUCCUUAAUUAAACAAUUGGGAAAUGCAAGUUUCUAUUUGUGUUUAUGUGAAGGGAGGUAAACUUAAUAAAGGCGUUGUCAUUAAGAGAAGAGCUUAUGAAAAAUCCUUUUUUCCCACAGGACAGUCAGCUCAUUGACGGGAAACAACUGGUUCUACUAUAACUACAUAACGUUCCAGAUCUUUUCCAAGUACGCCACUGAUGGUACCCCUGUGCAGUACGGUGAUGUGGUAGCCUUCAAAUACCCGUACGCCUAUAACAGCGCCUGGUUGUAUUACUACAGCAGCUAUUUUUAUCCUCGUAGCUGCAGCUCGAACAGCAAAAGCUCGUGCGCCACUGAAAAUCGAACCACUGGCUUCAAGAUCUUUAAAAAGCUUUAA